GCUUAUCCGACCCAGCAACAACCUAACGACCUUACCUUUCCGCUUCCCUUUGCCGAAUUUCCGACUUUCAACGACAUCCCUUUGUCGAGUUUCACGAGUUUCACGACACCAAACGUCUGUCGCGCGAUUUACACCCGCCUCAACACUCCUAGAACGCUACUAGCGCCUAGCAUCUCGCACCACCUACAUAUGCUUCGCACUCGCUGUUCACCAAAGUGACCAACGAAACACUCGAUCUUUCGACCUUAAUUAAAUCAUCAACAACAACCCCAACCAAAUCCACCCCCUGACCAACCACCCUCAAAAUGUCCGAACGCAAAGUCCUAACCAAAUACUACCCCCCGGACUUCGACCCCUCCCUCGUCGGCCGCUCGCGGCAACCCAAGCAAACCGGCCCCAAAGUCCAAACCGUCCGCCUCAUGGCCCCCUUCUCCCUCCGCUGCUCCUCCUGCGGCGAAUACAUGUACAAAGGGCGCAAGUUCAACGCGCGCAAGGAAACCCCGGCCGACGAGCGCUACCUCAACAUCCAGAUCUACCGCUUCUACAUCCGGUGCACGCGCUGUUCGGCCGAGAUCGUGUUCCGGACCGAUCCCAAAAACCAGGACUACGCUGUCGAAAAGGGCGCCAAGCGGAAUACGGAGCCGUGGCGCCGCGGGCUGGAAGGGGAAUUGGAGGAGACGGAUGAGCAGAGACUGGACAGGAUUGAGAGGGAGAUGGCGGAUGAGAAUGGGGAGGGGGCGGCUGCUGCAGAAGAAAGAAAUGCGAUGGCGGAGUUGGAGCAAAAGACGGCUGACGCCAAAAGGGAGAUGGCGGUUGCGGAUGCGUUGGAUGAGAUUCGGAGUCGGAAUGCGAGACUCGAAAAAGCGCAGAGGGAAGGGGGGGUGGAUCUUGAGAGUGUACUUGGUGGGAGGGGAUUGAGCGAGGAGGAGGAGAGGAGGAGGAGGGAGGAGGAGGAGGAUGCCGAGGCGGCGAGGAAGGCGUUUGAGUUUGCGAGGUUGCAGCAGAAGCUGGAGGAAGGGCCGGCGGAGGACGAGGUGCUGGGUCUUCCGGGUGUACCUGGGUCGGCGGUGACAAAUGGGGAGGGCUCGUCUGGUUCUUCUUCCUCCAGUGCUGCUGCUGGUCCGUCAACAACCUCGUCGGCGGCAGCCGCGGCUACGGCUUCGAACCCGACAUCAGCCGCUGCGACCGAUAUGCCGCCUCCCAGUUUCAAGCGACAGGUCAAGAAAAAGAAGGAUCACUCGGCCUUGCUUGGUAUCAAGAAGAAGCAACCCCUGGUCUGAGGAAACAAACCGGGCGGAAGUCAGGAUACCUUGAUUUGAAAUUCUCGGCGUCAGUACGUCAGGGUGUGGAGAGGCUCCAUGACUCCCAGGAUGAAUUGCAGAGAUUGCAGAUUGUCGAAUGCUACGAGGGGCGGUCCGCUACGGCCAUUCUUUGAGCCUUCUAGUGUACAUCGCAGCGAACAUGAUCGACGUGGAGAUGCAUGUUGAUACCCAAUAGAGCAAGCAUGGUAGCGCAACUCGUGUUUUCACAUCAUCUUUCAGGACACGAUGAACCGCAGAUCAUGAAUGAGUAUUAAUCAUCAAUCAUUCCGGGAAA